GCAGGUUCCCGAGCAUCUCGCAAGCGGCGUGCCUCAUUUCCGACGCCCUCCAUAUAAAAAAAAGAACUCACGCUACCACACCUGCCAACAGCCAGUCUUGGCUUCAACACCUUUUGCUGGCACCUGUACACUUGGCAUCACCGCCGGCAUGGCUUACCAGUGCACGCAGCCCAGCCUCCCCCCACCCAUCCAUGGGCAGCAGGGCUCGAGUGGGGCCCAGGAGCCAUCCACAUGUGCGUCCUCGUGCACCACCGCCAGUGCCGACUGUGGGUCACCCGCCUACCAGAUGACACAGGCCUGCCUCCCCCCGCCCAUCUUCAUGCAGCCUCGCCCCACGGAAUGCGCAAAUGCGCCAGCGCCACCGUUCGUCCCCAUGUGCCAUGCCGUCAUCGCCGACCCUGGCCCCACUGCACGCCCAGAGGUGUCUUCUUCGUCAGGUGGCCCCUGCACUGAGCAGCCUUGCCUUCCUCUCGUGGAGGUGGUGCGGCCAGCCACAGCUGGAAUUGUAGAUCCAAACAUGGCUAGAUACAGCCAUGCCAACGCAGAGGCCAGUCCGGCUCCGUGCCCAGAGGCGACGCCAGCCUAUGUGACCCCAGGUUCAGUUGUCAGCUUGCAUCCAUCCGGGAGAAUCACUGUGAGACCAGGCCCCGUGGGAGAGGCCAGUGUUUCUAUGGGCGCAUCCAUGCCUCACAUCUCAUGAAAACCAACCACAGGCCUACAGAAAGAUGAAUGGAUCGGUCAUAGAUCUUUUCUAAUAUGCUACAGCCUGCCCUGUCUGGCUUGAAUGCUUCUUUUCUUGCUCUUUUUCCUAGUCGGGACUGAUUGACACUACUCAAGACAUGAACAUGUGAAUGGAUUAAUUAAUGAAUGAUGCUGUCUUCUACUGAACCAGACCCUUGGUCCAUCAAAGUCAGUAUUGUCUAUUCAGAUGGGCAGCGG